AUGGCUAUACACUCCGCCCUGAUGGCCACGAGAACGGCGGCCGCUGAUAGCAUGUCCAACGUUCAAUGCGGCUUCAUGCGCUGCAGCUAUGUUCAAAACACCGUAGCCCAGGAGAAAAACAAGACCAAGCCAUCAUGCAAGAAGUCCAAGAGUGAAUUGACGAAGAAGAAGCUUGGAAAGCAGCACAUUCCCAACGAUCUCGGCAAGAAAGCAGAUAACAGAGACGCAAAGAAGGACAGGAAUGCCCCAUUCCACGCCAAAGACAACGUACGCCAGCGAACAAAACACCCCAAGCUCAUCGGCGCCGAUGUCUAUGUCGUCAGGUUAGCCCACCGCGGCACUGGCACCGAUCAUAUCAAGGCUGAGGAAGUCGACGACUCCAGAUUGUUAGACAUGCCACCGCUGUUCGACGUUGAUGCACCCUCCUCAUCACCAUGA